ACACACAAAAGAAGCAUAAAUAAAGUUUCAUCAAAUAUUUAUUCAGUUUUCAGGACUUACAAGAUUGCAAAGGAAGGAAAAAUUCUCUGAUUUUGAUCUGAAUUUUUGUAAUGGCAACGAAAAGCAAGAUUCUGAUCAUCGGUGGGACUGGAUAUAUCGGGAAAUUCAUUGUGGAAGCCAGCGCGAAAGCCGGCCACCCAACCUUCAUGCUCGUGAGAGAGUCAACGCUUUGUAAUCCUUCUAAAUCCAAGUUGUUGGAGAAUUUGAAGAGCCUCGCAGUCAAUCUCCUAACGGGAGAUUUGCAGGAUCAUGAGAGUUUGGUGAAGGCCAUUAAACAAGUGGACGUGGUGAUAUCAACUUUGUCUCGCCCUCAAUUGGUUGAUCAAGUCAAUAUUAUCGCUGCGAUCAAAGAAGCUGGAAAUGUUAAGAGAUUCUUCCCUUCAGAAUUUGGAAAUGAUGUUGAUCGUGUUCAUCCUGUUGAGCCAGCAAAAACAGCCUUUGCUACGAAAGCGAAAAUCCGCCGACUUGUUGAGGCUGAAGGAAUUCCAUACACCUAUGUAUCUUGCAAUGGUUUUGCUGAUGCAUACCUUUCGAACUUCUCGCAGCCAGGGGCCACAGGUCCCCCGAUGGACAAAGUUUUCAUCUUAGGAGAUGGGAAUCCAAAAGUAAUUUACAUCAAGGAAGAAGAUGUUGCAACCUAUACUAUCAGGGCGGUGGAUGAUCCGAGAACCUUGAACAGAAUCCUUUACAUCAGACCGCCUGCCAACAUUUACUCAUUUAACGAUCUUGUGUCUCUGUGGGAAAAAAAGAUUGGCAAAACCCUUGAAAGGAUCUACAUAUCAGAAGAGCAAAUUCUGAAGGAUAUUCAAGAAGCUGCGCCUCCACGCAAUGUGAUAUUAGCUAUUGAGCACUCGGCCUUUGUGAGGGGAGAUCACACCAACUUCAAUAUUGAACCAUCAUUCGGAGUGGAGGCCACCCAACUUUAUCCAGAUGUCAAAUACACCACCAUCGACGAAUUCCUCGGUCGGCUUCUGUAACUCAUCAUAUAAGUUUAAAUCUGUUGUUGGCCUUGUAUCACAUUAGCUUGUUUAAUUUGUUUUUUUGUUGGGUUCUUCAUGUAACCGUGAAUAAGCAAACUUGCAAUGCCAAGUAAACAAAAAACCAGGCUUUUUAUUGAAUGGUUGGUUUGAUUUACCUUCUAACAAAAAUGUAUUUGUAAAUAAUUCUUGUCA